GGUGCGCCCCCCUCCCUUUGACUUAGCGAAUGCGCAUGCACGACUGCUGGUUGGUGUCCUGCGUUGCCGCCACCAUCGUGACUUAGCUGGUUCAACUUUUCUAGGCUGGUGGGGAAAGAAACCCAGCUAAGAUGCACGGUGCCCGCUUGUAACUGUUGUUUACCAUUAAAUAGGAGAAUUUGGUGGUGGGCGAGAUUUUCAAUCCACAUUGCGAGAAAGAGAAGAUAUCGCGAUACCUAGGAAGGGGCUCGUGCUCUGAGGAGAGAUGGCGACCCAGGAGCCGGUGUCUCCCAAGAAACUCAGCCACAAGAAAUACAGGGCCGCCCUGAGGAAAGAGAAACGCAAGAAACGGCGCCAGGAUAUGGCUCGGAUGAGAGAUCUCGAAGCCCCACCAGAGGAGGAGGACGACGACGUUUCUAGUAAUGAACUUACAGAGACGUUAAUGGAGAUGGAGCGGCAAAAAUUACAUGAGGAGUGGCUGCUGAGGGAGGAGAGGGCGCAAGAAGAAUUCAGAAUAAAGAAGGAAAAGGAGGAGGCCGCUAGGAAACAGAAGGAAGAGCAGGAGAGACAGAUAAAGUGUGAAUGGGAGGAGGAACAGAAAAAAAGGAGAGACGAGGAGGCGCAAAAGCUACAGGAGAAGAGGGAAAGAGAGCAGGCGCUGCAGAAGAUGCUGGACCAGGCUGAGAAUGAUGGCUCGUGGCAAAACCCAGAACCACCCGAGGAUUUAAGACUGGAGAAAUACCGAGCCACUUGCCCGUUCUAUAUUAAAACGGGAGCCUGCAGAUUCGGUAACAGAUGUUCACGGAGACACAAUUUCCCCACGUCAAGUCGCACCCUUCUCGUGAAAAGCAUGUUUACCACCUUCGGAAUGGAACAGUGCAGAAGGGAUGACUAUGACUCGGACGCAAACCUGGAGUACAGCGAGGAGGAGACCUAUCAGCAGUUCCUGGACUUCUAUCUCGAUGUCCUGCCCGAGUUCAAGAGCGUGGGGAAAGUGGUCCAGUUUAAGGUGAGCUGCAACCUGGAGCCUCACCUGCGGGGCAAUGUGUAUGUGCAGUACCAGUCGGAAGAAGAGUGCCAAGCGGCCCUCUCGCUCUUUAACGGAAGAUGGUACGCAGGCCGGCAGCUCCAGUGUGAGCUCUGUCCAGUGACCCGGUGGAAACUUGCAAUUUGUGGUUUAUUCGAAACGCAGAAGUGUCCAAAAGGAAAGCACUGCAACUUCCUUCAUGUGUUCAGAGACCCCGACAAUGAAUUUAGAGAUGCUAACAGAGACAUCCACCUCUCUCCGCCUUGGACUGGCUCCUCGGCUAAAACCUCAGACAGGAGGGACAGGAGGGACCACCACGAAGAGCACUAUGGCAAGCCAAGAAGCUGCCACCCUGGUCCAUACCACUCCUCCAAAAGGACCAGGGAGUCUGAGAGGAGGAGUCCACACAGGUGGAAGAAAUCUCACAAACAGGGAGCAAAGGGUCACGAGAGACACAGUUCAAGGCGAGGAAGGGAAGAUGGCGGCAGUCCGGGCCCACAGAGCCAGGGCCACAGGACCUGAGCCAGGCCGAGGGAGCAUCACUUGGGUCCAAGGCUCUAAGACCGGGCUUGGCAAUAGCCAAAUACCACUACAGAAUAAAAACCUAACACCGUGUCCUUCAGAUAC